CACUUCUUUCAAGCAUUCCAUAACAAACUUGAAUUGUAUAUUCACUGAGUCAUCUAGCCGAUUGCCUUGCCGAUUGCGGGAUAGCUAAGGAGUUGUGAGAUUGAGCUGAACAGCUGCAUUAUGCCAACGGCUGGAAGGCAUUAUGGCUGUGCUUGAGCAAUCUUGGAUCAAAGUCCAAGAGAAGACCUUUGGAAAAUGGCUCAACAACAAACUCCUCGCCCGCAACGUCGAAAUCACCAACCUCGUAACCGACCUCUCUGACGGCGUCGCCCUCAUCCACCUCCUCGAGAUCCUAUCCCAAGAAUCCCUCGGCCGCUACGCCGCGCGACCCAAACUCCGAGUGCAGCGCUUCGAAAACGUCAACAUUGCCCUCGACUUCAUCAAAGGGCGGAAAAUCCAACUGACGAAUAUCGGCGCGGAAGAUGUCGUGGACGGGAACCGGAAGAUUAUCCUCGGAUUGAUCUGGACACUCAUUUUGAGGUUUACCAUAAGCGAUAUCAAUGAUCAGGGGUUGAGUGCGAGGGAGGGACUACUGCUGUGGUGUCAGAGGAAGACGGCGUGUUAUGAUGAAGUGGAAGUCAGGGACUUUUCGAAUAGUUGGAACGAUGGACUAGCGUUUUGUGCGCUGUUGGAUAUCCACCGGCCGGACUUGAUUGACUACGACAGCUUGGAUAAAUCGGACCAUCGGGGAAAUAUGCAGCUCGCGUUCGAUAUCGCUUCUAAGGAGAUUGGUAUCCCGGACCUGCUGGAUGUUGAGGAUGUGUGCGAUGUGGCGAAGCCGGACGAGAGGUCGUUGAUGACUUAUAUCGCGUACUGGUUUCAUGCUUUCUCGCAGAUGGAAAAGGUGGAGAAUGCUGGACGGCGGGUGGAGAAGUUUGUGGCGAAUAUGCAGGGCGCCUGGGAGAUGCAGAAUACGUAUGAGAGGAGGGUGAAGGCGCUUUUGGCGGCGAUUGUGAAGCAGAGGGAGGAGUGGAACGGGGCACAUUUCGAUGGAACGUAUGCGGAUGCAAAGGAUCAAAGUCGGCUUUUCACGGCAUACAAACAACGAGGGAAGAGGGACUGGGUGGCGGAGAAAAGUGAUCUCGCGGGUCUGCUAGGCAACAUCAAGACGAAACUCAACACCUACCAACUCCGGCCGUACCAACCUCCCCCGGAACUCAGCCUGCAAGCGCUCGACACCGCCUGGAGCGGUCUCAUGGAAGACGAGCGCCACCGCAGCCAAGCCAUCAACAACACCAUCCGCGACAUCAAAAACAACCUCCGCAAAACCUUUGCCGACAAAGCUAACGACUUUGCCCUCGCGCUCAAAACCAUCAGCGUCAGCAUCUCCGGCCUCGAAGGCGACGUCGAAGACCAACGCGAACACACCUCUCAAAUCGCCCAGAACCUCCCUCCUCUCGAUCAAUACCUCGACAUCAUCGCCUCCCUCAACACCCAAUGCGAAGAAGCGAAUAUCGAAGAAAACGACUACACGACCUACACCUACGACGAACUCGCCUACGAACUCGGACUAGUCCGGAGUUCCGUACAGAAGAAACUCGCUUUCCUCGAAAACCAACUCGUUGCCCGCAACAUGACCAACCUCACCCCUAUCCAACUCGAAGAAUUCGAGUCCGUCUUCCGCCACUUCGACCGCGACCUCUCCAAUUCCCUACACGAACUCGAAUUCUCCGCCGCCCUCGCCUCUCUCGGUCUCGUUUACGACGAAUCCGAAAUGCACGCUCGUUUCCUCGAAGUCGCGGGUCACGGAGGACAUGUCACGUUUGAACAAUUCAUCCGAUUCAUGGUGGACGUCACGGAGGAUCAGAAUACGGCGGAGCAAGUGUUUGAAAGUUUCCGAGAGGUCGCGGACGGAAAGCCGUAUGUGACGGAGAUGGACCUGACGCAUUCGCUGAUUCCCGAGGAGAUUGUCAGACAGUUGGUGGAGGAGAUGCCGGUGCAUCGGGGCCCGGAUUUGAGGGAGGAUCGAGAGGUGAGGAAGUUUGAUUAUGUGGGGUUUAUGGAGAAGUUUUUGACGGGGGGUGGGGAGGCGGGGGUUAAUGGGACAUACAUCAACCGGACUUGGCGCGAGAGAAGAGCUGCAGAGGCAGCGCAGAGACUGAGAGAUCGUGUUGCUGCGCAGCAGCAAGCCGCGGCCAUGGAGGCAGCGAAGGAAGAGACGCCUACAGUAUUCGAGCUGCCGAUUACGUGA